UUUUCCUGGAGGCUGUAGCUAGAGUCUGAGGGGCCCAGAAGAAAAGGAAAACCCAGAGGGGCAUAUGAAGAAUACAGAAUAUUCAUUUUUAUUCCUGAGGAAGUACAACCACCACGGAUGGAAAUCAGAAGUCAUUAACUAGCUGUUUACUUCUGGGCAAAUCUUUUGGCUCGUUGGCCCGAAAAGUGCAAAACGAGGGUCACAGUUGUCAUUCACAGAUUGUAUGUGUUUACACACAUACUCACGAACGCUUAGCAAAGUUGAACCUGGAGCGAACGUGUUAAUAGCCCUUAAAGGGUCAGUGUAUGACGUCACCAUAGUAACGACAACAGUGCGCAUGCGUUUUUUUAAGGAGCCGGCGUGAUCCCGGCGCCGCUCAGCUCGCCCCCUUCCUUGGAGUGCUUCGCCCCCGUUUUCCCAGACUGCUCCUCCCAGCAGGAGCCACUUCACCAAUCAAAGCCCUCCUUUUCCUUAACGUCAUUGGCGCGCGCCCCGGUUUCAAAAGCUCGGGGGCGGGCUUCUGGGUUCGCGCAUGCGCCUCUGUGCGUUUGUCCCAUGCUGGUUCCGUGAGUCUGGCCUUAGGUGUCUCGUGUCUGGGGUUGAUCCGAGCUGUCGCCGCCACCGCAAUGGGCAAAACUGCCGACUCUCCGGGUUCGGGAGCCCGACCCGACCCGGUGCGGAGCUUCAAUCGCUGGAAGAAAAAACACAGCCAUAGGCAGAACAAAAAGAAGCAGUUGAGGAAGCAACUGAAGAAACCCGAAUGGCAGGUCGAGCGCGAGAGUAUCAGCCGCCUCAUGCAGAACUAUGAAAAGAUAAAUGUAAAUGAAAUCACAAGAUUUUCAGAUUUUCCCUUGUCCAAAAAAACAUUGAAAGGUUUGCAAGAAGCUCAGUACCGUUUGGUGACUGAGAUACAGAAGCAGACCAUUGGAUUGGCUUUGCAAGGUAAAGAUGUACUUGGAGCGGCCAAAACUGGAUCUGGCAAGACUUUGGCUUUUCUUGUUCCAGUGCUGGAAGCCUUAUAUCGCCUGCAGUGGACUUCAACAGAUGGGCUGGGGAUUCUCAUAAUAUCACCUACGAGAGAACUGGCUUAUCAGACCUUUGAGGUUCUCCGAAAAGUAGGAAAGAAUCAUGACUUCUCAGCUGGUCUCAUCAUUGGUGGAAAGGAUCUGAAACACGAAGCUGAGAGGAUCAACAACAUAAAUAUACUCGUGUGCACACCAGGUCGGCUUCUUCAACACAUGGAUGAAACAGUAUCUUUUCAUGCUACUGACCUCCAAAUGUUAGUUCUUGAUGAAGCAGAUAGAAUCUUGGAUAUGGGCUUUGCUGAUACCAUGAAUGCUAUUAUUGAAAAUCUCCCCAAGAAACGUCAGACUUUACUUUUCUCAGCAACACAAACUAAAUCUGUAAAGGACCUUGCACGCUUGAGUUUGAAAAACCCUGAGUAUGUCUGGGUUCAUGAAAAAGCAAAAUAUAGCACCCCUGCCACUUUGGAACAGAACUACAUAGUCUGUGAGCUGCAGCAAAAAAUAAGUGUGCUGUAUUCCUUUUUGAGAAGCCAUCUGAAGAAGAAGAGCAUUGUAUUUUUUUCCAGUUGCAAAGAGGUCCAGUAUCUGUACCGAGUGUUUUGCCGGCUACGUCCUGGUGUUUCUAUCCUUGCACUCCAUGGUCGACAGCAGCAAAUGAGAAGAAUGGAAGUCUAUAAUGAGUUUGUCCGUAAGAGAGCUGCAGUACUCUUUGCUACUGAUAUUGCAGCCAGGGGUCUGGAUUUCCCAGCCGUGAAUUGGGUUCUUCAGUUUGAUUGUCCUGAGGAUGCCAACACAUAUAUUCACAGAGCAGGUAGAACUGCCAGGUACAAAGAGGAUGGUGAAGCUUUAUUAAUUUUGCUUCCCUCAGAAAAAGCUAUGGUGCAGCAGCUUCUUCAGAAGAAAGUACCUGUGAAGGAAAUCAAAAUCAAUCCAGAAAAACUUAUAGAUGUCCAGAAAAAAUUGGAAUCUAUUUUAGCUCAAGAUCAAGAUUUAAAAGAAAGAGCUCAAAGGUGUUUCGUCUCCUAUAUACGAUCUGUAUAUCUGAUGAAGGAUAAAGAAGUAUUUGAUGUGAGCAAGUUACCUAUACCUGAAUAUGCUCUGUCUCUUGGUCUUGCUGUGGCACCACGCAUAAGAUUUCUUCAGAAAAUGCAGAAACAACCCACCAAAGAAUUGGUAAUGAGCCAAGCCGAUAAAGUAAUUGAGCCAAGGGCUCCCUCCCUCACCAAUGACGAAGUGGAAGAAUUUAGAGCCUACUUCAAUGAGAAAAUGUCCAUCCUUCAAAAAGGUGGAAAAAGACUCGAAGGGACAGAGCACAGACAGGAUAAUGAUACUGGUGACGAAGAACAGGAAGAAGAGGAAGACGAUGAAGAAGAAGUGGAAGAGAAACUGGCAAAAGCAAAAGGAUCUCAAGCUCCAUCUCUUCCUAACACCAGUGAGGCACAGAAGAUCAAGGAAGUUCCUACACAGUUCUUGGACAGAGAUGAGGAGGAAGAAGACGCUGAUUUCUUGAAGGUGAAGCGGCACAAUGUGUUUGGAUUGGACCUUAAAGAGGAGAAAACAUUACAGAAGAAAGAACCUUCUAAAUCCAGCAUCAAGAAAAAAGUGACCAAAGUUGCAGAAGCAAAAAAAGUAAUGAAGAGAAAUUUUAAAGUGAAUAAGAAGAUAACAUUUACUGAUGAAGGGGAGUUGGUUCAGCAGUGGCCACAAAUGCAGAAAUCUGCCAUCAAGGAUGCUGAGGAAGAUGAUGACACGGGUGGUAUCAACUUAGAUAAAGCAAAGGAAAGACUUCAGGAAGAGGACAAAUUUGACAAAGAAGAAUAUAGGAAAAAAAUUAAGGCAAAGCAUCGGGAGAAAAGACUGAAAGAAAGGGAAGCCAGAAGAGAAGCCAACAAGAGACAAGCAAAGGCCAAAGAUGAAGAGGAAGCCUUUCUGGAUUGGAGUGAUGAUGAUGAUGAUGAUGGAUUUGAUCCAAGCACACUCCCAGAUCCAGAUAAGUACAGAAGCUCUGAAGAUUCAGAUAGUGAAGAUAUGGAAAAUAAAAUAAGUGAUACCAAGAAGAAGCAGGGGAUGAAGAAGAGGAACAACAGUGAAGUGGAGGACAUAGGACCAACAAGUCAUAACAGAAAGAAGGCCAAGUGGGACCCUUUAGAGCCUUUGGAUACCGGCCUGUCUUUAGCAGAGGAUGAAGAGCUGGUGUUACAUCUGCUAAGAAGUCAAAGCUAAAUACUUCCUGCACCUGCCUUCUCCUUGAAACCUUGGUUACGAUUGUGUAGGCAAGAAGUUGAAAAACAGUUGAUUUGGGGGCACUUAGGUACCAUAUGCCCCAUUCCCAAAGGGCACAUUUCUGGAUAGAAGUGAUCGUAUCUCCAAGUCCCUCUCGCAGGACAUGCUUUGUGCCAUCACUGAGCAUACUCAGAUCGAGGGUGGAUGAUGCCAUUUCCUGACCCCGUUUUCCAGCAUGUGUUCUGUUAGAUUUUUACCCAUGAGUUCCUACGCCUUGUCAUUGGAAACACUGCCUUUGUUUUACUGGCAAGUUCUGGAGCUCUUGUGUCAUUGUUAGAAAUCCCUGUCUUGCUUACUGUACAGAAGUUUCUGUUACUGUUAAAAUUGCUCAUGAUUUCGAUGUAUUUAAUAUUUUCAAAGAGACUAUGAUGGACCAGCCCUGAGAAAGAAUGAGUAUUUUUGAAUUGAGAUGAUCAAUAAAAAACAUAUUUCCUAUAAAAGAAA